UAAAAAUAUGCACCACAUCUUCAACAUUAUACUGCAACUGCAAUAUCCACAUUUUUGUAAUGGCAGCUCUUACCAUAAGCUUCAUUGUAGGUGUAAUUGGUAACGUAGUAGCAAUGUUGGUUUUUCUAUCUCCAAUAACAACGUUUAGAGGUAUAGUGAAGAAGAAAGCAACAGGGAAUUUCAAAGGGAUACCGUAUAUUUGCACAUUAUUAAAUACAUCAUUAUGGACUUAUUAUGGUCUUCUUAAACCUGAUGGUUUGCUUAUUACUGUUAAUGGUGCUGGUGCUGCUCUUCAAGUUAUCUAUGUUACUCUAUUCAUCAUCUACGCGCCGAAAGACUCUAAGAUUAAACAUUUGAAGCUAGUGGGGAUUUUGAACGUUGGGUUUUAUGGGGCUGUACUACUAAUUACAUUACUCGCUGCACAUGGAAGUCUGCGGCUGACAAUUGUUGGAUUCAUUGGCGCAGGACUAACUUUAGGAAUGUACGGUGCUCCAUUAGCAGUCAUGAAAAAUGUGAUAGUGACGAAGAGCGUGGAGUACAUGCCAUUUUGGUUGACGUUUUUUCUCUUUCUCAAUGGUGGCGUUUGGACUGUUUAUUCGGUACUUGUAAAGGACUUCUUCAUUGGGGUGCCAAAUGCGAUUGGUUUUGUGUUAGGAUCAGUUCAGUUGAUCAUGUACAUUAUAUACAACAACAAAUCGAAGUCAAAGAAGUUAUCAAUGGAGAAACUCGAAGAAGAAGGAUCGCCUGAUUUGGUACCUGGAGCCGUAGAAAUGGACAAGUACAACGAAGAGAUGAUGAUGAAGAAAGAAAGAAGCCUAAACGAAGGAGGGAGUCUACCCAAACCAACUGUAUUAAAACAAGUUAGUGGCAAAGAGAUGUAUUCAGUUACGGAUGAUGAAAGUAAGAAAGGUGGUGCUGCUGGAGGUAGUGGGAUGGUUUGAGGUCUUUGUUCAGGGAUGCGGAUGCUAUCUGUGCCACAGAGGGUUUGUGGAUUCAUGGCGGUAUUUGCAGCCAUGGUUUCUGUGUAACUUACUUUAGUUUGCGCCGGAAAUUUUGGUAGGGUGGAUAUUUGUGAUUGAGUGUAUCAGAGAAGGAAUAGAAGUGCCAGUGGUGUUUUUUUCUUUGAUGGUUUGGAAAGUGGUCUUGGGAUAUAUAUCUUUAAUUCCUAAUAAAAGAAGUGACCUUU